AUGGGUCAGAAGGUGUCGGGGAGCGUGAAGGCGGUGGACGCGCGGGGCGAGCCCCCGUUCCGCCCGGCGCACCGCGAGCUCCGCGGGCCCGACUUCAGCCGGCCGGCCCGCCUGGACCUGCUGCUGGACAUGCCGCCGGCCGGCGCCGAGCUGCAGCUGCGGCACGCCUGGAACCCGGACGACCGCUCGCUCAACGUCUUCGUCAAGGACGACGACCGGCUCACCUUCCACCGCCACCCGGUGGCGCAGAGCACGGACUGCAUCCGCGGCCGCGUGGGCCACACCCGCGGCCUCCACGCCUGGCGUGUCCACUGGCCCGCCCGCCAGCGCGGCACGCACGCCGUGGUGGGUGUGGCCUCCGCCGAGGCGCCUCUCCACGCCGUGGGCUACUCCUCGCUGGUGGGCAGCGACGCAGAGUCCUGGGGCUGGGACCUGGGCCGCAACAAGCUCUACCACGACAGCAAGAACCGGCCGGCCGCCGCCUGCCCCACCUACCCGGCCUUCCUGGAGCCCGACGAGUCCUUCGUGCUGCCCGACGCGCUGGUGGUGGUGCUGGACAUGGACGAGGGCACGCUCAGCUUCAUGGUGGACGGCCAGUACCUGGGCGUGGCCUUCCGCGGCCUCAAGGGCCGCAAGCUGUACCCCAUCGUCAGCGCCGUGUGGGGCCACUGCGAGAUCACCAUGCACUACAUCAACGGCCUGGACCCGGAGCCCCUUCCCCUUUUGGACCUGUGUCGGCGGGCAGCACGGCUGGCACUGGGCCGGGGCCGGCUGCACGAGAUCCAAAGCCUACCGUUGCCUCAGUCUCUGAAGAAUUACCUCCAGUACCAGUGAAGCGGGUCGCCCCCCCGGUGCGAGGGACCCAAAACGCGGCGUCAUAAAUGCGGCCGUUCGCACCGACGGUUUUAAUUCUGAUCGGUUGCUGAACUGUCGGUCAGUUUCCCCGGUCGACGGACAGAGGGGGUGGGGAGGGGGGAGGGGGGCGUUGUUCGGUGUUCAGCAGAUACAGUGCAUGCUGACAUCUCCAGGGCCGGAUGGAGCCUGUCCUAUAAAGUCUCAGCCUCCCGGAAAAAGCACAGGUCAGGUUCGGAAAGCACACCACCCUCGGGAUGCCUUUUGAGUCCGGAUAUUCAUGCCCAUAACUGUGUGAGUGUGUGUGUGUGUGUGUGUGUGGAGGGGGGGGGGGGGGUCUCUCGAGAGGCACACAAUGUCUGCUUAGACACCUGGAAACGGAACUCUGAGACACAAUCGAUGGAGCGGGCUCGACUGAGGUAAAUCUCCUUUUGGACACGGCCUGCCUUGCCAUCCGGGUGAUUAGGUGACACACGUCAGACCCUACCAACCUGGA